AAUGGCCAUCUCUUUUUAUGCCUUAUGUAAGAGAGGGAGGGAAGAUACGAGCAGGCUGGUGCUGAUCGUAUUCUGUCGAGGGUGUCGCCAUUUUCGUUUUGACGAAUAUUGACAGCACGGCAGACAGACAGUGGCGCGGUCGUCGACGCAGCGUCUGCCAGACUAUUUUUAUUUUGAUUGUGAAUCAUAUAACUACUUGACUGAAUUUAUUUACACGUAGUGUAUCCAAUAGUGAUUUAUUUCGUAUUUACAAAACUUUGACUCGUGACGAGUGAUAGAUUAACUGAGCAGUAACGUAUAUUUGGUGCUAACCUCCUUCUUUUUUUACUUGUGUUUUGAGAACUGCAAGACGUGAUCGAUAUGUGCAAGAUGUAUUACAGAUGACUUUGCAUCAAAUUCAGCAUCGUGUUAAUUAUCUGAUGCGGUGGCGGUGGUAAGGCGCUCGGGAUGCAGGGCGGCGGCGCGCCCGCCGCGGACGCCGACCAGGCGCAGUUUGAGGCCGACAAGCGAGCUGUUUACAAACACCCCCUGUUCCCUCUGCUGGCCCUGCUGCUCGAGCGCUGCGAGCAGGCCACGGCGGGUGCGGAGGCGCCGGCCGCGGACGCGUUCGGUGCUGACCUGCAGGCCUUCGUUCAGCACCAACGCCGCGACCGCCGCCCCUUCCUCGUCGACGACCCCGAGAUCGACGGACUGAUGAUUAAGAGCAUUCAGGUCCUCAGAAUCCACCUGCUUGAGCUGGAAAAGGUUCAGGAGCUAUGUCGAGAUUUCUGCGGUCGGUACAUCGCCUGCUUGAAGACCAAGAUGCAGAGCGAAAACCUUUUGAGGACGGAUUACAGUGCUGGUGGCGUUGAAAGCAAUAAUAACUUAUCCGGACCGAUGGACGACCAGUCCAGCACGUCUAAUUCACCGCAAUAUCAGUCCCCCGCGGCACCCCUCGGCGCGGCCGCGUUCCCGCCCGUGUACCCCGCCGUCACCGACCUACCCUUCGCCCCGCACCGGGAUCCCCCACCUCUAGUAGUCCAAGGGUCAACGCCCAUUGGACAAAUUGGUGCGGGACUUCUCUCUACGGAUUCAUUCACGGGUACAAAUUCUAACUCCUGCUCAUCAGUGUCGGGCUCCCCUCCCCCCACGGGUGCGGACGAGGAGGGAGAGGAGGGUGGCAAGCGGGGUGUUCUGCCCCGACACGCCACGCAGGUUAUGCGCGCCUGGUUGUUCCAGCAUUUAGUUCACCCGUACCCGACGGAGGAGGAGAAGAGAUCGCUCGCGGCGCAGACGCGGCUGACUCUACUGCAGGUCAACAACUGGUUCAUCAACGCGCGCCGGCGCAUCUUACAGCCCAUGCUGGACUGCCAGGACAAACCAGCGGGCGGUAAGAAAAGUAAAAACGGCUCAUCGAUAAGCAAGAGGUACUGGACCGAUGCCCUUACCAACCCGCAGUUCACCGCUGGUCUCCUCUCGUCGUCUGAAGAUGAGGAGCAGGAGGGUGAGCACUCGGCGGACGAGCACGAGUCGCAGGGCGAGGAGUCCAGUGAGCACGCCAGCUACCCGCCGCUCCAGCAGCCCAUGCACUGAGCGCACGAAAGAGCGAGAAAGACAGCGCGACACAUGACAGAACUUCAACAAGAACGUUAAAAAGACAAAACUGUGUAUACCAUAGGACAUAAGUUAGUAUAGAAACCUGUAUACGUAAACAUACCUCACUAUUUUAAACUUACAUUAAUUAUUAUAGACGCUUUUUAUUAUCUGUUAUUUCUUUGUACACUGCGACUUUUUUUACGUCUCAACCUGUUAAAAAAAAAGUUUCUACUGAUAAAUAUACUAAGAAAAGAGUAUGUGGUAUGUAUUUAUACUCUAUUUUUACUAACUUGUAUCAUUAUAUUAAUAUUUUUUGGUUUUAAUGUGUGCAAGUUCGAAAAACAAAGCGAAACACAUAAAAAAUAGAGAUUUUCUUUAUGAAUGGAUGUUUUGGAUAGCAUCUCUGUUGUUUAUAACACAAAGUACGUGUUUAUUGAUAAAAUAAAUCAAAUGGAAUAAUAUUUUUUUUAAAUAGAUACCACUUUAAUUCUAUAAUAUUUGACCGUGUUGUGGCAUCUAUUUGAAAAUCUAAAAAAAAAAGAAACAGCUGCUUGCGUACGCUUUGAAGUUGACAUUGCUUUUUUUGGUCAUUAUCGUAUUUUCUUUUAUUUAAUUUCUAUUUCAGACGGCCUAAAUGCAAUAAUAAGUUAAAAAAAAUCUUUAAAAUAUCGUCAAAUCCAUGAAAAGACCGACUUAAAAUUUUAGAAACAUGUUCAGAACUGAAACCAUGUAUGGUUUCAGUUUUCGUUAACAUGGCAACAAUAUUAAAAAAUGAUGUUAAUCCAAUCAAGUGUCUAUUUGUCGCUGAGAGUGAUGGGUGAGGGUGUUUCUUAAUACAACCAAUCAAAUCACCUAUUUAUGAAUAGAAGCCAUUUUAUAGCGAGAAAAAAGUCGUUGUGUAUUUAUAUUUAUAGAAUAGUGUACCUUGUUUUCCUUUUAAUACGUUGAUGUUUGAUAUAGGUGUAAAAACUCCAUAAACAGAGAUCAACUGAACCUAAGUUCGCAAACUCUAUUAGAGUGGUAUAAUUGCUGUAGCGCGGACUACAAGCCGUAAAAGAGAAUUUCAAUGGUAUUUGAACAGUAUACUUUUAUAACAAACAGCAAUGUCACACAUAAGGUGAAAAAUGUACACUGUUCGCUUUCUUUAUAAUUCUAUAAAAAACUUUGAAUGCUUUUAUCUGUUUUCAGUAUAAAAAAGAUAUAUUUAGAAACUAAUUUCUUCAAAUGUGGAUUGAGUUUUAUAUUAUUCUUAUGAGUGAGAAAUUGUGGCUUCAUUAUCAUUUAUGCUUAGAAGUGCUAUUAUAUAAUCCAGUGAUAUUUAUGUUUACCAAUAUGUAAUAACAAAAGUCCGAACUCACAAGAAAAAUUUCUUACGAAAAACAAAAUGGAUUAUUUUUUUGUAUUUAUUAAUGCUUAGUUUUAGAUAAUGUGAGUAGUCCAGAAAUUGUAAAAUUACAAUCUGUAAAAAUGAUAAUGUUGCCAUAGUUAAAAAAUUACCCUAUUUAUGGUUUAUUCAACAGCUUUAAAAUCGCAAUAU